CCCCGCGACUCCGCGAUGAACUGAAGGGGAGGUUAUCACGGCGCCUAGUGCCCAAUGUCGAUCUAGGUACGAUCCUGCCCAAGGAGGCAGAGUGGGCAGAGUCAGGUACGAAGAUGGACUGGAAGUGCGUAGCCUGUGGUAUGGUGGAUUUGAUGGUGAAGGGUUCCAAGUGCGCAGCAAUGGUGGACACCGGGGCAGAGAUAAACAUUAUUCAGGAGGCGGACGCGAUCAGAUUCGGGCUGGAUAUAGACCGUUCUGACUGCGGUAUUCUGCAUGGAGCCAGCUGUAAGGCCAUGUUUUGCGGGACAGCCUCGAAUGUGCUCGUCGAGGUUGGAAAGGUGAAGGCCAGGGCAUGCUUCUUCAUAAUGCCAGACGUGGACCAUGGAAUCCCUCUGGGGAGGUCAUUCCUAAGCAGGACAGAGAUCGUGAUGUUCAACAGACAUGAUGGAACGUUGAUCCUCCUCUUAUGCGAUCCUGCCUGCGGAAAUUAUGAAAUAAUUACUUGCAGGAACACCGGGCCAAGGAGCAUAAGGAACUGGCCCAAUCCAGGAUCAUUCACAAUCGAGGAGUCGGAAGGGGAGCGCAGAAGGCUCUGGGCAGAGCCCGAAGUAGGAGAGAGGGUGGAAGCAUUUUCCCUCAGCCUGUCAGAUGUUGGGAAGGUCAUGGACCUGGUGACUGCGCAUGAGAUGGCAGAUCCGGAUGCUAUCCAGGCCUUGAGGGAACAAGUUCUGGAAUGCCCUGAGGCAGGAAGGUUGAAACUGGUAUAUCGGCUCCUAGGCAGUGGAGGGAACCCCGCAUCAGUGCAAACACAAUCCGAAGGGAAGGCGGUGGAGAAUACGCCCCCAGUUGAUGGAUUUCUGGAUCAGGAAGAAGAUGUUCGUCUUUAUAUCAACAAAUGGUCGCCGCGGGUGCCUAGCUGUGUAGGCUAUCAUAUCUGGCAAGCGCCAAAGGGGUAUGAAAGGAGGAAUGAGUUAGUCCUUAAGCCCUUUAAAGAAGAGGAUCCUUGGGGUGGUAAGGAUGUUCAGUGGAUGAUGGAAUUAGCGCUGGCCAGCUCGCAUAGCCUGGUGGAGGAUAUGAGGACGAUUGAGGAAGGACCUGGCCAGGUAGAACGACAUGAGGACCUAAUGGGAGAAAUGUAUCUCCUCGUCAAUACGUUAUUGCAGGAAAGCCUAGACUCGUCAGGCUCGUUGAACCCGGCAGGGAAUGUGGACGAAAUACCCGAGAGCCAGGACGACGAGUUCGGGAAAGGGGAAAUUAAGGAAGCUUUUCGUGCAGAGGAGUACGACGGGAUCUACCUAAAGCUGGGGCUUCUUCUAUCAUGUGAAAUGCGGCUAAGAGAUGCGAGCGAUAGGGCUCAAAGGAUGUUGCAGCGCUACUUAGUGCGAGACGGUCACCUUUUCGUGAGAAGGGAAAUGGGGAAUCCCAGGAGAGUCGUCUGCGGUAGGAAUUGUCAGAUCGACGUCGUAGCAGCGCUUCACGAUGGUAUUGCAGGAGGACAUCGAGGGGUACAAGCCACGUAUGCCAAGAUAAGUGAGCUGUACUACUGGGGUGGGAUGAUGGAUAUGGUCGGAAAGUAUUGGCGAUCUUGCGUACCUUGCCAGGAAAGAUCCCGUUUAAGGCAAGGAGAGCCGCUGCAUCCCAGGCUAGAGCGAGAGGUAGGGGCCGUAGUGCAUCUCGAUCUACUUUUUAUGCCACUUGGGGAUCAGGGCCAUAACUAUAUCUUCGAUGCGCGUGAUAACCUGUCUGGGUUCGUAGACGGACGAGCUAUUCGCACAAAGACCGGGUCAGUCCUGGUGAGCUGCAUCGAGGAGUACUACCUGCGUUAUCCUUUUGUCAGGGAAUUCGUAAUGGACAGGGGAUUAGAGUUUACCUGUCAGGAGGUGCAAGAACUGUUAGCAAGAUAUGGUGUGGCAGCCAACUACACCACGGCCGCGCACCCCCAGGCAAAUGCUCCCGUAGAGAGAGGACAUAAUACCAUUACGAACAUCCUGGCCAAAUGGACCGAAGGUAGGCUUGGUCAAUGGCCAAGAUACCUAAGGGCGGCUUUCUUUGUCGAGAACAUUACAGUAAAGAGAUCUACCAAGUACGCACCUGCGACGCUGUGGUACGGAAGGCAUGCCACCUUCCCUAUCGAAAGCUUUCUUAAGACGUGGAGGCGCCGGGAUCUGGAAGUCAACCUGUCGUUUGAAGAGUUGCUCGAUAUUCGGGCGCGGCAGGUCGGGGCGAUAGAAGAAAGGAUCCAGGAGGCAUCUGAUCAGGUGGCGAGAAGCCGUAUGGAUGAUAAGGCCCGAUGGGAUCAGUCUGCGCGAGUGAGAAAAGUACCCUUGGCAGUCGGGGAUGUCGUGCUUCUCUACGAUACGUCGCUGGAGAAGCAGUGGUCCAGGAAGCUCGAUAAGAGAUGGUCUGACUUUACGAAGACAGCCAUGCCAAGAGGAGGGAAGGGGACACGGCCGCCUCAGAGGCCGUUGGGCGCAUCARGAGGAUAUGAGCGGCAUGGGCCUCGCCAACGAGAGAGUACUCCAGUCUACAAUGAUGGGGACAUCGAGCUAUUCCUGAACAGUUUCUGGGAGAAUGCGAGGCGUACGGGCUGGUUCGUCACUCAGGCGAUUGAGAGAUUGAGGGGAGCAGGUAGGUUCGAAGAGCCCAUUGCCAGGAUUCGUAGGGAGGCGACGACGAGGCAGGAGGUGGAGAUAAGGAUGGAGGAGUUGCGACCCUCGCCUGUGGGACUUGAUGGCAGGCCGAUCCGCCUGGAGAUUGGAAAUGBGUCGGACUUCAUCCCCGCGUUUGAGUGGUUCAUGCAAGAGCAGGGCAUACCGAGAGAUGAUUGGAUGCAGACACUACCACUCGGGACCAGGAAGGCGGAAAGGCCACUGGCUAUGCAGAUCAGGGAUAUGGCACGAGAUUGGGAAAGCUGUAGGGCACAUUUGAGAGAGGCCUUUCGACGGCCAGAGCUCCCUCAGCCCAGAGUCGAGAGGCGGCAGAGGAGUCAGAGGCCGAGGGACCCUGAGCCCAGGGAGGCGAGACCAUCUCGAGGAGGACGGAAGACCCUAGCCAGGAGAGAACAGGAGCCAGAGGAUGAGGAGCGAGGGGCAUACCCUGAGUGUGGGUUGGGGCCAGUGGAGUUCCAUCGUUUUACUAACGGGUGGAUUGAGGAGGUCGCCAGCACACACACAGGGGGAGCCACCAGCGUCAGAGGGGCCCUUGAGGGAAUUGGAGAUGCAUUUAGAUAUUUCUCGGUGGAGGGCGUCGCUUCAGGGAGAGCAGGCAAAGGAGGUGCUACGAGAGGAGAGCCUCGCCAGGAGUCGUCUAUGGGGAGAGUUAUCCUGGAGCCAGAGGAGGCAAGAGCCCAGAGACAGGCAGAGAGAGAGGCGUUCGAGUUUAGAGCCCCUACUGAGCUCGCGACGCUGCCAGUGGCGGCGGCAGGCCCAGUCGUACCUUUGGCAGAAGAGGAGGGGCUGCCACCAUCUAGCAGUGAGCCGGCUCAGGGCUCGGCAGAGGGAUCCAUGGGCGUGCUCCUUGAGGCGGUGCAUACUAUGCAGGAGGAGGUGAGUUUGUUUUCACCUAAGCAGAGGAUAGAGGAGCCUCUUGAGAGAGAGAUAGGGAUUGAGGAGGAGGGUGCCAUCGAGGGCAGACUCCAGAGGAUAGGCACACCUGAGUAUGGACCAGAGGAGAUUGAGGAGCCGCCCACGGCAGUGCCAGGGGCGGCGCUCGAGAGGAGGCCUCAGAGGUUGGACACGCCCGAGUACGUUCCAGCGACAGAGGAUUUGAGAGGCGGACUAGGAUUUUGGGCUACUGGAUCUGGGUCUGAUGGACCAGUUCCAGGGACAGAGCGGCAGGAAGUACCGCAGCUCCUCAAGCAGAGCAGCAGGGGGUUAUCAGUACCUUGGCGGGAUCUCCUUCAUCACCACCUCUUCAGCCCAGGAAGAAGAAGUUCAAGAGGAAGGUUGAUCAACUAUGUUUCUACUGCAAGAGAAGCGUGCAUCAUGCUUUGGACUGUCUCGAGUUUCUUGAGGAUAAGGCAGCAGGGAAGAUCUUAGAGGUAGGGGGUAAAAUGUAUGAUAGACAGGGUAGGAUAGUAGAGAAGUCCGCAGAUGGACUUAGGGCUCAGUUAUAUAGGCAAAACAAGGAGGAGUUGAGGAGGUAGGGCCG